AUGCACAAUACAACAAGAGAAAGAACAAAAAGAACAAAAGUAUAUUCAACAAUAAAUCAAAUAGAAUCACAAAAUGAUAGAAGUAAAAGAAACAACCUUGGGGAGUGUCAUAAUGUACAUGAAGAUGUUGAAAAUGGUGAUUCUGGUGAUAAUAUUAAUGGAGUUGUCAAUGAUGUUAACGAGUCUAAUGGUGGUAAUUCGGGAAAAAUCAAACUAACUGAUAAAGAGAGAUUGUUAUCUAAUGAAAAACAAAAUGAUGAAAGCUGGACACUAUCAACUGAUGACGAAAAAUAA